AUGGGCAGACCCUCCAUCCUCUCACCAGAGGAGGAGGGGGCCCUCGUGGUCUAUGCCAAGUAUCUGGCAGAGAAGGGGUUUCCCCCUACAGUCAGGGUGAUCAAAGCCCUUGCUUUUGAAGUGGAGAAGAAACGUGCCAAAGGAAGGGGAGAAGAACCUCGCUUCAAGGACUCCGGCCCCGGGAAGAGAUGGUGGAAGGGAUUUAAAGGCCGCCAUCCCGACCUCAGCUUAAGGUCACCAGAUCAACUCGACAAGGAAAGAGCGGCCUUUUCCACAGCCGGCGUAGUCUUUGAACACUUCGAACGACUGGAGCAAAUUCUGACGGAUGCAAAAGCCAAGGACAAAAGACCGCAUGUUAUCUACAAUGCAGACGAAACUGGCAUGGAUUUGUCGGCUAAAGUGUCCAAGGUCAUUGUUCCCAAGGGCUGGAAGAGAUCUCCGUCACGACGAGUCGGUGGCCGUGACCAUGUGUCGGCACUUGUGUGCAUCUCAGCGGCAGGGCAGACAGUGCCACCCAUGAUCAUAUAUAAUAAAGCGUUUCCGGGGGGGAAAUACACUGAGGGCGGACCUGCUAACGCAUUGUACGCUUACUCCGACUCAGGUUUCAUUGAUGAUGAGCUGUUCGAGAGAUGGUUCAAGCUAUCUUUUCUCAAGCACUGCACAAGCGACAGGCCGGUAAUCCUUAUCCUGGAUCAGCACUACAGUCAUAUCACGCUUAGAGUGCUAGAGGAUGCAAUUCAAAACGACGUUAUAAUCUUAGGUCUCCCCCCUCACACGACCCACUUCCUCCAGCCCCUUGAUGUGAGUGUGUUCGCGCCACUCAAGAAGAAGUGGGCAAUGACCCUGGAAGUGAUGCAGGCAGCGAACACCUCGUUUCAUGUUACAAAACGGAACUUUGCUAACAUAUUUAGUUCAGUUUAUGACAACGCCAUCAAUCCUGCCAUCAUCAAGACAUCGUUUGCAAAAACGGGAAUUUAUCCAUUUAAUGACGAGGCCGUCGAUGACAAAUGGAUCAGAAUGUCUGCAGCGGAGUUGGGGGAGUCAACUUCCACCACGGCGACUCCAACUGCCGCGUCAUCCACCACGGCAACUCCAACUGCCACGGCCACGUCGUCCACCACGGCAACUCCAACUGCCACGUCCACGUCGUCCACCACGGAAACUCCAACUGUCACGGCCACGUCGUCCACCACGGCAACUCCAACUGCCACGGCCACGUCGUCCACCACGGAAACUCCAACUGUCACGGCCACGUCGUCCACCACGGCAACUCCAACUGCCACGGCCACGUCGUCCACCACGGAAACUCCAACUGCCACGGCCACGUCGUCCACCACGGAAACUCCAACUGCCACGGCCACGUCGUCCACCACGGAAACUCCAACUGCCACGUCGUCCACCACGGCGACUCCUUCCGCGAUGACUCCAACUGCCGCUUCUUCUUCUCAACAGGACAGAACACCUGCCAGUGCUUCCAAUACUGCUUGCCCAACAUGUAAUGCGGCAUGUACAGUUUGUAACCCGCUGCAAAGUCCGUUGAUUCAAACUCUCAUCCCACCGGAACUGCAUGAUAUCCUCAUCCCAAUACCACCAGCAAAAAAGUCAUCACGCUGCAAUCUCAACAGACGACUGACUGGUAGAGUGUUAACGCACUCUGAAGUAAUGGAAGAGAUGCGGUUGAAAGAGAAAGAAAAGAAAGAAAAGGAAGAAAAGAAAGAACGAAGGAAAGAAGAGAUGAAGAAGAAACGCGAGGAGAAGGAGCAGAAAGAGUUGGAAAAGAGGCUGCAGAAAGAAAAGAAACAAGCCGAGAGUGUAAAGAAGUUGGCAGAAAAGGAAGAGAGAAAACGAAAGAGACAGGAGCUUGCGGAGGCAAGGAAGAAACAACGCAUAGAAGGGAAAGAAAACCAGCGCCCUACUAGGCCACGAGACGUAAGAGAAGGUUCCAGUCGUAGCCGUCCCGUGAAGCCGCCGUCGUGGUAUGCAGAAUACGAAAUGGGCCAGGAAGAAGAUGAAGAAGCAGAGUAAAAAAGAUUCUAGUGUACCCUUAAAUCCACACGAUUGAUAGCGUUCCUCUUACGCCUAUGAUCGGUUUACAGAAUUGAAAACUUCAAUUUUUGGAGUAAAGAUUUUGCUGUUUGUAGAACGUAUUCGCUUGUUCAGUAGGACUGCAACUUCUGCAAGGUCGUCAGAAUUCAGUACGGGGAGUUUUGAUCUUCUGUAUUAAGGUCUGUAACAGUUCCAAGUUCUUAUCUCAGCUAUGAUAGAAAUUUAAGAUGAACAAGUUCACAAUGUUCGUAUGUGCACGGAUCUAUACAUGGAACCGUUUCCGCCUUUCACCGUAAACGUGUAACGUUACAUCCUAUCACUACCAGUGCCCUCAGUGCGGCGAAAACUGUUAUUAUCGUAUCGUUUAGCUAUCUAUUUCAUUACAUCGAAAAAUGUUUAAGAUAUACCUGUUAACAAAAGUUUGUAUUAAUGUUCUUCCACUACGAGCAAAAUACUGAGACGUUUGGGCGUAACGGUAGGUUUCAGGCGUAAGAUUCUGCAGGUCAAAUAAACAGACUGUCAGAUAUACUGUUUCCGUAGACUCACACUAGUGCGAGUGUUCAGUGCUUUAUUUCUUCGGUAAAUAUCAUUAUAGGGCUGUUUUUUCAGACGUUAGCCUAAAAAGAAAAGAAAAGACAAAAGGCAGACCACAAUUGUGGCGGCGUGUG